GAGUUAGAAGCUGGGCUAAGAGAGCCAAGGCACGAAGGUGGAGCUAGAGGCGGGGAUAAGGGAACCAAAGUACAGGAGUGGGAAUAGAGGAGGGGCUAAGAGAGCCAAAACACUGGGGUGAAGAUAGGGGCGGGGCUGAAGCACAGAGGUUGGGCCGGGCCGGGCCGGGGCUGGAGCCCGGAGGUGGGACUAAAGCCGUGGACUUCGUUUGACUGGCUACUUCCUAAUGCUGGAUCCUCAGAGAAGCUAUCCUAUUUGGCACUCGAGACCGAGAGGGCAGACUGAGGCUUGUUGGAGUCAUUUGGAGAACAUAUCGUCUUCCUCUUGCCACUCCCCUGGAGAACGCUGUUCACUUGGACUACAAGAUCCAAAAUGCCCCACUCAGCGCGCUGCCGUCUGGCACAGAAAGUCCUGUGUAGUCCGGAACCUAAGGCACCAGGGAUUCUAUAGAUAGAUACUCUUGCUUCUUUAUUGAAUUCAGCCCCAAACGUGCUCACUCAUGAUUGGCUAAGGCUUGUGGAGGUUCCUCCCCCAACCCCACUCAAAAAGCCUAGAAGGUCAAAUUUCUAGACUUCUUUAGGAACAGAAGGAAACUGGAGACAGAGAAAUUCAGCCGGCCAGAUUAUUGACCUGUAGCUGCGGAGCCUAUCUAUUCUAUUUUCCAGCAACACCUCUUUCCUUUUGUUUCCGGUCGGAAGUCAUUGGAGAAUGCUCCCGGAAGGCGGAAGAAAAGAAGACGGAAGUUGGGGCGAGGCGAGGAGGAUGGCGGCUGGGGCAGCAGCCAAGCUCUGUACAAUCUGGGGUUGGCGUUGGGGAUGCCAGAGCUCGCGGAUGGUGGGGAGCUUGAGCCCUUUCCCUUCAGUCCUCCUGUUGAUUCUGCUCUUACUGCUCUCACCCGCUCCCCAACCCGCGGCCUCUGACAUCACCAACGGCAAUAAUGAGCACCUGAAGCGCGAGCAUUCGCUGAUUAAACCCUACCAGGGGGUUGGAUCCAGCUCAAUGCCCCUCUGGGAUUUCCAAGGCAGCACCAUGCUUACCAGCCAGUACAUCCGCCUGACUCCCGAUGAACCUAGCAAAGAGGGGUCUAUCUGGAACCACCAGCCCUGCUUCCUCAAGGAUUGGGAGAUGCAUGUCCAUUUCAAAGUCCAUGGCAUCGGGAAGAAGAGCCUCCAUGGAGAUGGCUUUGCUCUGUGGUAUACCAGGGACCGCCUUAUGCCAGGUCCUGUAUUUGGAAGCAAAGACAACUUCCAUGGAUUGGCCAUCUUCCUGGACACAUACCCCAAUGAUGAAUCUACUGAGCGUGUAUUCCCAUAUAUAUCAGUGAUGGUGAAUAAUGGCUCCCUGAAAUAUGAUCACAGCAAGGAUGGAAGAUGGACUGAACUGGCAGGCUGCACAGCUGACUUCCGCAACCAAAAUCAUGAUACUUUCCUGGCUGUGCGCUACUCUCGAGGCCGCUUGACAGUGAUGACAGAUGUGGAAGAUAAGAAUGAAUGGAAGAACUGUAUUGACAUCUCUGGAGUGCAGUUGCCUACCGGCUACUACUUUGGUGCCUCAGCUGGCACGGGUGACCUUUCUGACAAUCAUGACAUCAUCUCAAUGAAGUUAUUCCAGUUGAUGGUGGAACACACUCCAGAAGAGGAUAACAUUGACUGGACCAAGAUUGAGCCCAGUGUCAGCUUCCUCAAGUCGCCCAAAGAUAAUGUGGACGACCCCACAGGGAACUUCCGAAGUGGUCCCCUGACAGGGUGGAAGGUGUUCCUGCUGCUGCUCUGUGCCCUAUUGGGUAUCAUCGUGUGUGCCGUGGUGGGAGCUGUGGUGUUUCAGAAGCGACAGGAGAGGAACAAGCGUUUCUACUGAUUUGGUGUGGGGAAAGAGGAUUGGAUGUGGGAGAAGGGGAGCCUGCCCCAGGGGUUCAGGCAGUAAUGUGAACUUUUCUACUUGGGGAUUAUACAAAAAAAAAACAAAAAAAACACCUUAUUUCUUAACCUGUUUGAAAGAAAUAAUUUUAAAGUAUUUUCGUACAUUUUGUUUCUAGCCCAAGUUAGGGCGAGUGACGAGAACUUGGGGACUAUGGCCUAGCGUCAGUUCAGCCUGGAGAGUGGAGAAGAGAAGGGAAGGAGAAAAGCCUGGUUUAUCUGGUCUGUGACUGGGCCUUAGUUGCUAUCUCCUGCCCCUGGAGAGGUCUUCCCAUCCUAGCUCUGAGCCCAGCAAUAGUGAAAAGAAACUUUCUUGAGUACUUAUCCCUGCUUUUGUUCCCUGCUUGGGCUUUGGGGCAGUGUGUGCUCUCUAGGGAGAGACAUUAAUGUUGGUGACUUGUCUCCACUUUUACAGCCUAUUAACAGCAGGGCUCAAAAUUGAGAGCAGGGAUUCCUGGUUCUGGGGUUGUCUUUCCAUCUACCUCCUGAACCAGGCCCAGGGCCAAGGAAAGGUGGUCAGGGCUGCAGCUUGGACUUGAUGAGAAAUGAAAGAAUGCCGUGAGUGAAGCUGCAGCUCUGGAAAGCAAAGGACUGUGAAGUUUUGCAUAAUAAAGUGAAUAACCAAACUCA